GAGUUCGCGGACCAGUUCUUCAGACAAUACGAGGCUUGGGCCAUUGUGAAAUCCAAGCAGAAGCCCGUAAUUUUUUGGCGAGGGGGCAGCACGGCGAACUACACCAUCGUGCAAGAAGUUGCCAUGGACUGGCGGCAACAUGCAAGGCUUGCGAAACUCCAUACCCCAGAUGACGCUGCUGGCCUGGCACUACUCUGGCCUGGCACUGCCAGGAAGAUUUCAGUGUACCAGCCGUAUGAGUCCGACGAGCCAUACUCGAGUGAUUCUUUAGGGAUCUGGCUCGCGGAGCAGUUCGUGAAAUCCGAGCCGCCGCCAGCCACACAGCCGGAGCUUGUAAAGACCGUAGUUGGCAUGACUUUCAGAGAUAUGGUGUUCGGUCCGUUGGAUCAAGGCCAGCAUGUCAUGUUGGAAGUUUACGCCCCAUGGUGUGGUCACUGCAAGAAGCUUGCGCCCGAGUAUGAGAGGUUUGCAAUAAAAAUGGCAGAUGAGGGAAGGACUAUCGUGGUUGCAAAGCUGAACGGGGACGCAAAUGGGAUUCCGUAUGGUGGCUUUGAGUACACCGGCUAUCCUACAAUUUUUUAUUUGGCGCCUGGUUCCGCGGAUAUUGUGAAGCUUUCGGAGCGAACGGCCGAAGACUUGCACAACUUUGUUCGCAAGAACAGGGUGCCGACCAAGCCCAAAGCCGAAGACAAGGAGGUCAAUCCGAAGGUUGGCAUGGACAAGAUGCUUGAAAACUUUCGGUCGGAGGACAUUCCAGUGCAACAGACCAGUCCGGUGCUGACUGUCGUGCUGAAGAACUUCAUUGAGACGGUUUUCAAUGAUAUCCGUCAUUGCAUUGUGAUGCUGUAUGCUAAAGGCUGUCCACACUGCCAGAAUAUGAUCCCCUUGCUGGAUUCCUUUGCAUCCGUUGUGGCACACAGGGAGGGCCUUUCUGUUGCCAAGAUGGACGGUCAAGCGAAUGAUCUGCCAAUCAGCGGAUUCGAAGUGAAGGGAUACCCGACGCUCUUCUUCAUCGAGGCAGGGCAGAAGGAGCCGGCGAAGAGCUUCAUUGGUAGCAACGCUUUGUCGCAAAUGCAGCAGUACCUGGAGUGGGCAUCCAUCGCCGCCCGCUUCGUGGCUUUCCAGGAUUGGGGCGGCGGUGGUGGCAAAGAUUGGGGCGGCGGGGGUGGCAAGGAUUGGGGUGGCGGAGGUGGCAAGGAUUGGGGCGGCGGUGGUGGUGGCGGCAAGGACUGGGGUGGUGGUGGAAAGGACUGGGGAAACAGCUAUGGAGCAGGCUGCAAGGGAGACGGAGCUUGCGGGGGAUACGGAGGAGGAUCUGGUGGAUGUGCCAGUUACGGUGGCUAUGACAAAGGCGGUGGCAAAGGAUUUGCAGGUGCAGGCGGAGGCAAAGGCUUCAGCAGUGGCGGAUGUGGCAAAGGUUACAGCAGCUACAGCAGUGGGCCUGGAUGUGGAGGCAAGGGCUAUGCUGGCUGUGGAAGUAACUGGGGAGGCUACGGUGUGUGGCAGCCCAUGUUUAACCCCAUGAUGAAAGGCUUUGGCAAGGGUGGUCUCAGAACCUUCGCGAACGACCGAAAGGUGUUCAUUGGGGGCUUGCCGCCAGACAACUGCAGUGUAGAGCUGAACAAGAAGCUCAAGGAACAUAUGUGCACUGCAGGGCCUGUCUGUCUCUAUGCAGAGGUUGCCAGAAAUGGGAGUGGAGGUGCAGCCUUCAAAUCCAGUGAGGAUGCGGCUGCGGCAAUCGAGGCAUUGAACGGCUCCGUGUUCGACGGCAUCACGCUGUCAGUUGACAGCUGGGGCUUCAAGCUACUCGCAGAAAAGAAGCCAGGAGACUUGAGGCAUGUCUGCAAGCUUGAUCUCUUUACGCUGUCAGGGCAUGCUUGCGUAGGCAGCGAGACCUUGGGAGCCAAGCUUUCGCUCGCAGAAUCCGCCCAGGACGCUUUGGAGAAGGAGAAACUGGACCUGCAGAGUCAGCUCAAGUCCCUUGAAACCCAGAUUUCUGCGCGAGUCGCAGAAGUCGAGGCAAUUCGGGCACAGGUCGCCGAGGCUGCGGCCACAGGUGCGUCUGACCCUAUGGGCUUUGAAGCCGGCGCCCGUGCCUUGGAGACGGCAGAUGUGGAGGAGCUUGCGGCCAGCUGGAAGGAGCAUGGCCAGAAAGCGGUAGAAGAUGCGCAGGCCCGGGCGGCUGCCGUAAAGCAGCAAACGACAGAGGAGCUUGAUCGCCUCGUGCAGAGAUUCAUGGAGCUGGUGCAGCAGGUGCAGGAUUCGGAGGCCUAUCAGUCCACAGCACUGAAUCUCCAAUCAGCAGCAGAACAGGGCAUGGCAUCAGCCUCCCAGGCAAUGGCCCAGGCAACGGCAGCUGCUGAAGGAUUGCAAGAACGAGCAGCAUCUACAAAUGUCCGGUCCCUCCUGGAACAGGGCGCGGCAUCAGCAUCCGAGGCCGCUGGCCAGGCAAUUCGACGAGAUAGAUGA